CUACCAUAUAAGAAGAUGUAACCACAAUACAAAAGUUUCAUUCUUUUGACAAAAAAAAUAAAAUUCAAAAGAAAGAAAAAAAGUUAUCUUUGCAUUUCUCAUGAACUUCGGAAUCGUGUUAGGUUUCUAUUGUUGGGGUUGGGAGUUCUUAACUGCCCUUCUUCUUUUCUCCACUCUUUCUUCUAUCUAACAAAAUAAUUUUAAUAAUUUUCUACAAAUUUUUUUUCAAAAAUCCCAAAAAGGGGUUGAUCAUUUUGUGUUUCUCUACUCAUUUCACCAAUUUUCUUGAAAAAAAAUAUACAAAAAGGUUCAUUUUUUGUGUGUUUAAUUUCUUGUUUUAACAAUUUUCUAGGUUUUCAAAAACUCCAACAACAAAAUAAACAAAAAGGGGUUGUUUAUUUUGUGUUUCUCUACUCAUUUUACCAAUUUUCUUGAAAAAAAUAAUAUUUCCUUUUUUUUGGUUUUUUGUUAUGGAGGUAUUAGAAGAAGUUCAAGUAAGUGAUGAAAAGAGUUUGUUAGAGUAUGUUGUGAUGAAGAAGUCAUCACCAUCACCAUUUUUGUUGAAAACCUACAUGUUGGUGGAAGAUCCGGCGACGGACGACGUCGUUUCUUGGAAUUCCGAUGGAUCGGCGUUUGUUGUAUGGCAGCCGGCGGAAUUUGCAAGGGAUUUGUUACCUACACUCUUCAAACAUAGCAACUUUUCAAGCUUUGUCCGGCAGCUCAAUACCUAUGGUUUUCGUAAAAUUACAACAAGUCGAUGGGAGUUCAGUAACGAUAAGUUCAAAAAGGGCGAAAAGAAUUUACUCCGUGAAAUUCGUCGAAGAAAAGCUUGGACAAAUAGGCAACAACCAAACAACGGCGGACAGAGCCAGGACGCAAAUAGUAACAACAAGAAAGAUAAUAUUACAGAAGAAGAUCAAAGAUCAUCAUCAUCAACUUCAUCAUCAUCUGAAUAUAUAAAUCUUGUUGAUGAGAAUAAAAGGUUGAAAAUGGAAAAUGGAGUCCUUAGCUCUGAGCUUUCACUCAUGAAAAACAAGUGCAAAGAAUUAAUGAAUAUUGUUACAAUAUUUGCUAAAAUUCCAGAGAAAGAAGAAGAAAAAAAGCCAAUGUUAUUUGGAGUAAGAUUAGAAGUUAAAGAAGAAAUGGAGAGGAAGAGAAAAAGAGUUGAACUUAAUGAAAUAGCUAGUGUUUUUCUCUCUCAAUUAUGCAAAUAAAGUAGAAAUUUAGAGAGAAAAAUAAUCAAGUGGUUAAUUAAUAAUAUAUGUAACAGUUGUACUAUGUUAUUUUGUAUUAUUUCAUGCAAAAUUAAUAGUAUUAAUUAGCAUGUAGUGACUACUAAUUAAGUGGAGAUAUAUACCUAAGUUGUAUAAAUUUUGCAAGUGUUAUUUUCA